GUUACGCCUGGAAAUCCAUUACAUGAAACUUAUUUAAGCGAAAAUCUUGAAUUAUUGGAAAAAGGAUGUGUUAAUCUUGUUAAGCAUAUCAAAAAUGCAAAAAAAUAUGGUUUGCCAGUUGUAGUUGCUAUUAAUGAAUUCACAUCUGAUACACGAGCUGAACACGAAUUAAUUCGUAAGAUUGCAAUAGAAGCAGGUGCAAAUGACGCGAUACCAGCGGCACACUGGGAAUUGGGAGGAGAAGGUGCAAUCGAGUUGGGGAAAGCGAUCAUUAAGGCGACAACCGAUAAAACAGAGAAGCGAGAAUUUAGGUUUUUAUAUGAUGUAAACAAACCAAUCGUCGAAAAAAUUGAAAUUAUUGCAAAAGAAAUGUAUGGAGCUGAUGGAAUAGAGUUGAGUGAGAAAGCUAUUGAAAAAGUUGAAAGAUACACUAAACAGGGAUUUGCGAAUUUACCAAUAUGCAUGGCCAAAACGCAUUUAUCUCUUUCACAUGAUCCAAAACUUAAAGGUGUACCUUCAGGAUUUGUAGUACCAGUACGAGACAUUCGAGCAUCAGUUGGAGCAGGAUUUUUAUAUCCAUUGUUAGGAGAAAUGCAAACCAUGCCUGGAUUACCUACUCGACCGUGUUUCUUUGAUGUUGAUUUAGAACCAGAGACUGGCAGAAUAUAUGGAUUAUUUUAA